CCAUUGCGCGAUCAGAUUUCAGUGCGGGCCGCCUCGAAACGGCGAGCGCGACGCGAACGCGGCACAAAGGGCUCGGAGCGCAACUUAUCCUGCGUCAAGUAGCGCAGUGAGUUCCUAGGCAUCUCCCCCCUCCCCCAGCCCCCUCUUCUUCUCAAUACCGUCUCCCUCUCCUCCACACGACGAGUGGGGGACGUCUCUACCUCCUCCCGAGUUGUUGUUUAAAAGCGAGUUAGUCUCUUUGUUUCGACGCCGUCAUCGCCGCCGCCGCCUCCACCAUCGCCGGAGUCGUCGCCCGGAUAGAGUUCGUUGUCACCGUCUGUGCGGUGUCGUGGUUAGUGAGGUUUUCUUUUGUUGUUGUAAAAGUUUGAGCGGCGUGCGGCGAAACAAGGGCGAGUGGGGGUGGGGCGAGAUGCGCGACGAGAGGAGGGCGAAAUAAAAACUCGACAAUAAGAAGCAACAGCAGAAGUCAACCGCGGGCGCUGCAGCGCGAGUGAGUGACGCGGGGAGGAAAGACGCCUCGAGACACAUGGCGAGGUCGAGGCAGCGCUGCGGGCUCUCGUCCCCAGCCAGGAACCACCACCACCAUCACCUCCACCACCACCACCUCCUCGUCGUCGUCGUCGUGGGCUGCGCGCUUCUCGCAGCGCAGAGCCCACGCGCGGAGGCGCAGGCGCACGGCGAGAAGGGCAUCUCUGUGCCCGAGCACGGCUUCUGCCAGCCCAUCUCCAUCCCGCUGUGCACGGACAUCGCCUACAACCAGACCAUCAUGCCCAACCUGCUGGGCCACACCAACCAGGAGGACGCGGGGCUGGAGGUGCACCAGUUCUACCCGCUCGUCAAGGUGCAGUGCUCGCCCGACCUCAAGUUCUUCCUGUGCUCCAUGUACGCGCCCGUAUGCACCGUGCUGGAAGAGGCGAUCCCGCCGUGCCGCUUGCUGUGCGAGAGAGCUCGCCAGGGCUGCGAGACGCUCAUGAACAAGUUCGGCUUCCAGUGGCCCGAGCGGCUUCGCUGCGAGAACUUCCCCGUGCAGGGCUCGGAGAAGAUCUGCGUGGGGCAGAACCACACGGACGAAAAGGGCGGCCACCCGACUCCUCCCGACCCGCACCCACCUCCGCACGGGGACUCGUUCACUCUGCCGCCGCACUACCGACCCGGUGGGCCAUCCUCUGGCGGCGGAAUCGGUGGUGGCGGUGGUGGCAGUGGCGGCGACUCGUCGAGCUAUCAGUUGACCUGUCCCCCCGUGCUCCGGGUGCCCGGCUAUCUCAACUACCAGUUUCUGGGAAAGAAGGAAUGCGGGUCGCCGUGUGAGCCGAGCAAGUCCAACGGGCUGAUGUACUUCGACGCAGAUGAGCUGUGGUUCGCGCGCAUGUGGGUUGGUGUGUGGUCCAUCCUGUGCUGCGCCUCCACGCUCUUCACCGUGCUCACAUACCUGGUGGACAUGGAGAGGUUCCGCUACCCGGAGAGGCCCAUCAUCUUCCUGUCGGGUUGCUACGCCGUGGUGUCGAUUGCCUACAUCGUGGGCUUCUUCUUCGAAGAGAAGAUCGUUUGCAACAAGUUCUCCGAGGACGGCUACAGCACCGUGGUGCAGGGCACCAAGAAGGAGGGCUGCACCAUCCUGUUCAUGAUGCUCUACUUCUUCAGCAUGGCCAGCUCCAUCUGGUGGGUCAUCCUCUCGCUCACGUGGUUCCUCUCGGCCGGCAUGAAGUGGGGCCACGAGGCGAUCGAGGCCAACUCGCAGUACUUCCACCUGGCCGCGUGGGCUGUGCCGGCCAUCAAGACCAUCACCAUCCUGGCCAUGGGCCAGGUCGACGGCGACGUCCUCACGGGUGUCUGCUUCGUGGGCCUCAACAGCAUCGACGCGCUGCGCGGAUUCGUGCUGGCGCCGCUCUUCGUCUACCUCUUCAUCGGCACCUCGUUCCUGCUGGCCGGGUUCGUGUCGCUCUUCCGCAUCCGCACCAUCAUGAAGCACGACGGCACCAAGACGGAGAAGCUGGAGAAGUUGAUGGUGAGGAUCGGCAUUUUCAGCGUGCUCUACACGGUGCCCGCCACCAUCGUGAUCGCGUGCUACUUCUACGAGCAGGCGUUCCGCGCGCAGUGGGAGAAGACGUGGGUUGCCCACACGUGCAAGAGCUUCGCCGUCCAGUGCCCGCAGGGACACUACCCCAACAUGAAGCCGGACUUCACCGUCUUCAUGAUCAAGUACCUGAUGACGCUCAUCGUGGGCAUCACGUCGGGAUUCUGGAUCUGGUCGGGCAAGACCCUGCAGUCGUGGCGCAACUUCUACAGCAGACUGAGCAAUAAGUCGCACGGCGAGACCACGGUGUGACCCGCGGUCUAGAGCCAGAACUCUUUUUUUUCUCUCUCUCUCGUUUAAAACAGCGCGCUUAAACUACACGGAAGGAAAACAAACAAAAAACAACCGAAACGUUUAGAUUUUGUACAGAUGAUGAUGAUGAAUUGUUUAACUUGUUUUUUAACUCUACAUGCGGCGAAUUUAGGGAUAUUUUGGGUUGAUUCACCCAACAUUGACUCGAUGAAAUAUCUCCCAUCGUUCAAAUUACGUGUUUUUUUUAAUCAUUUUAGUUUUGCCCUAUAUAUUGCUAAACAUCAUACGCGCGUUAAAGCAGUCUCGACGGACGGACUGAACCUAUACUUGAUUGGACUGCAGAAGGUUUUUAAUACCGUAGUUGUUCCCGUGUAAUGUGGGUAUAGACUUCGCUUAGAGUCAUAAUUUUGUGUGCGUAUCGCAUUACCUGCUUUCGAAGAUAAGUUAUUUAUUUUUGUAACGUGACCCUUGAUUUAACUCUUUUAUUUUUUCUUGGUUCUUGUGUAACUCUUGGGCCAAGUUUGGAAGCAACCACACACAUUGUGUUUUCAUAAAAUAACCAUAAAAUAGAAUUAUUCUUAUGAUGCAGGGAAAUGCGAGGCCAAUACGUCGGGAAAACAAGAUUCCAGUGAAAUGUCCAUGACUCUACAUUGUCUCGUGUUGUAAACCUGACCCUAAACACAAGUGUCGCUUUGUCUUAAAUUCACCGUCGGUUGCCUUAAUAAUUCACAUCCUCUGGGAGACGGGCACUAACUACAUGACUACACGUGUACAAUGUAAGUGACUCACGUCUGAGACCGCUGUACAGACUUUGUGCAUCUGAUUGACCCCCCCACCACCACCCGUGGAUUUUGGGGACCCUCAUCUAGCAGUGGAUUGCCAAGGGCUGUACAUCUCCCAUGUACGUGGACUGCUGGUGGAAAAGUCUGCUGGUAGUGGUGGUGCCGCCGAUGAAAUUUGUUUUUCUUUCGAAGUAAAAAUCGCAGUAUUGUCGCCUGUACACGAUGCCUUGAUCAUCAAGAUCCAUCAAGAACGAUGUCUUCACGCAUCCCAUUUUCUUGAAGGGGGUUUGAUGCCAACCUGACACCCAUGUAAUGCAACAUCACACACACACACGUGCAAACACGCACUCACGUUUCUCUCUUGAUAAGCGCUGCAAAGUAAAUGUACAAUAUUUUGCUUUGACGUAUAUCUCAAUUUUAUUUUAAAGUAAUAAUGAUAAUUAUACAAAUGUAUUAUAAACACGGACUCUUUUUUUGGAAAUAAACACUUCUGAUUUUA